AUGCCCAUUGCUGUACAAGAACAAAACCCAGUGGAAACCAUCAAAGCGGCUUUGACAAAGGUCAGUGUAACCGAAACAAACGAAUCAUUUGACCUUCGAUCAUACUCCCAUUUCGAUGCGACUCCAAGCAUAGGCACCGAGUUCCGAGCAUACUCUCCCGACGGUAAACCGACACUGUCGAUCAGAGAUAUCUUGGGUAACACGGAGAGAGAAAAGGCUCUGGGUCGAUUGGUCUCCGAGCGGGGGGUCGUAUUCUUCCGAGAUGCAGUCAUUUCACCAGAUGAACAGACUAAACUCGUCGAAUCUCUGGGUAGACUUGGAGGCAAACCUUCGACGAGCAAACUCCACGUUCAUCCCCUCACAAUGGGUGGGAGUGAGCUCGGUGACGAAAUUAGCAUGAUUUCAAACCGAUACAUCUUCGACAACCAUUUCAAGCGUGAUGACUUCACUGUCUUGAAGAGGAAAUUCCAUGCCGAUCUAUGGCACUCCGAUAUAACAUUCGAACCUGUGCCAUCAGACUACGCUACCCUCCAGAUUCGUAAACUUCCCAAGGUUGGUGGUGAUACACUAUGGGCCUCGGCAUAUGAAGCAUAUGAUCGAUUAUCUCCAGUCUACAAGUCACUCCUGGAAGGUUUAACUGCAACACACGUAGGACAAGGGUUUAUUGACAUCGCUAAAAAGCAAAACACCACUCUUCGAGAGCCCAGAGGAGCACCAGAGAACGUGGGACAACAUCUCUCAACUAUUCACCCAGUGGUUAGAACCAAUCCUGUCACCGGUUGGAAGGGUUUAUUCGUCAACAGAGGCUUCACAAAGAGAAUCAACGAGUUGACGCAACAUGAAUCUGAUAAUCUUUUGAACUUCUUGUUCGAGCAUAUCUCAGCUAACCACGAUCUACAAGUCAGAUUCAGAUGGGAGGAAAACAGUUUAGCUAUUUGGGACAAUAGAUCAACAUUCCACUCGGCUACUGAAGAUCUGGAUGAUGUUGAGAGGGUUGGAACUCGAUCGGUCAGUUUGGGCGAGAAACCAUACCUAGACCCCAAGUCCACAGGAAGAAGAGAGGCUCUUCUCAAAGCUCAGAUUCAGUGA